AUGUCCUUUUUCUCCUGGUUUUCAGAGUAUGCGAGCUCCCAUGGUCGACCAAAUGAUGUCCCCUACAGCAAAAAACCAAAGUCUCGGCCACCACGCGACCUUCGCGACCGGGUGCCUUUUUAUGGAAAACUCCCAAGAACAUCAGGCCCGUAUAGUGUCGGCACCAUGGAUAUGGAGAUACCAGUCGAAAAGCCCCGAUCCGUUUCGCACAUAACCCGUAAUAAUCAUCAUCUACUAGAGCUGGAAACAGUCCUACUUACAAUCUACUAUCCAUCCGAGUUUGGGUCAGGCACUGGCCCUGACCCGGCAGGAUAUAAGAAUUGGUCACGAGCGCUCUGGUUACAACGGCCACGUAGAAAAUCCGCCAAAGGCUAUGCCCGUUUUGCCGGCCUUCCCAGAUGGCCAACAACACUAUGGUUUCUUUCAACUGCGUGGUUUACGAAACUUGUUGCGUUCAGAAAUGCUCCCUUGGCCGCGCAUUGGCCGCCAGACCUCAACGUUCGAGCCGUGGGGGCAGAGGUGAAGAACUUGGAGGGCGAGCCGCCACCUGGAGAAGAGGGAAAGCCACCACGCUUGCCCUUACUCAUUUUCAGCCAUGGACUUGGAGGAACACGAACAAAUUACAGUAGUCUGUGUUCCGAGUUUGCCAGUUACGGCUUUGUCGUCUGUGCGAUUGAGCAUCGGGAUGGAAGUGGUCCGCGGUCGUUUGUGAAUCAUCCGCCGAAUACCGAGGCCAGUCGAGAAGCAAUGGAGUCAAAUGGAAACGUUGACCAUCCACCCGAGGAGAAGGAAAGGGAUUAUGACAAUGUGGACUAUAUAUUUCCCAAGGAUAAUCCCAACGAUACUGAUCCGACAGGAAAGGGAGAGGUUGACCAUGAACUGAGGGCAGCGCAGAUUGAGAUGCGUCUUGCUGAGAUUGAGGAAGCGUAUCGCGUCAUGUGUCUGAUAUGUAACGGGCAAGGGCAGCUUGUUGCCCAGAAAAACCUGAGAAGAGCCAACCGGAUUGACGCUAGUUCCCGCGGACUUGAUGGUGUAGACUGGGCUUCUUGGACUGGCAGAUUUCACGUGGACAAGGUGACCAUGGUGGGCCAUUCGUUUGGUGCUGCAACGACAGUCGAAGUACUUCGACAUCCUGACCGGUUCGACUUUGUAUCACAGGGCAUCAUCUACGAUAUCUGGGGUGUUGUUCUCAAGCCAUCUAAUGCCGAACAUCGAAUAUGCGCUCCUCUAUUAGGCAUCAACUCUGAAGCUUUCAUGUACUGGCCAGAGAACUUCAAGUCCGUCCUGUCUAUUUUCAAAGAAGCUAAAAGCGAGAACCCUCUUUGCUGGCUUCUCACUGUCCGUGGAUCAGUGCAUCAUGCCCAGUCCGACUUUGCCGUUCUUUAUCCGCGGCUCUCGUCCCUCUUCCUCAAAAUGACCAUCAACCCUCUUCGCGCCCUCGACCUCACCGUGAACGCCUCUCUCGAGUUCUUGUCCUACACUACACCCUCUCGAAUGUCCUUUGUCCAGGGCGCCAUCGACAACGAGCACCUCCUCGAAGCAGAAGCCGUCACUGAAUUACCCGACGAACAUAAACCCGACCCGAAAUGGACUGCUAAACGUCUCAAGAUACCACACGAAUUUUCUGCACGCGUCACGCCCGAUUUGCAGCGCAAAGUAAAACGUUCAAGUAUUAUUGGCCCGCCGAUUGAUGCGCAAACUUCUUCCAGCAGAUCAGACUCUGACGAGGUCUGGAUGCAUGUCGCUCCCACAGAGGAAGAUAUGGCCCGUCUCGGCCGUGGGGAUGCAGACGUUUCUACAAGCAAGCGGAAUAAAGACCAUGGCGUCAGUGAUUCGGCAUGGGAAGAAUCGGAUAAUCCGAAUACGCGCCAGGGACAGAGUACUCAGGCCAUUUGA